UUCUCCUUCUCAUUCCAGAAUCCCACCCACCAACUAUUCCCAAUGUCAGGAGCGAACAAUGUAAAUUUGAGUAGAGGUGAUAAUCGUAACCAGGCCGGGUAUGAUUGCCGGAACAAUUAAGAUCGUCGUCAUGAGCAGUGGUCGAACUCUUAUCGAGGUUCGGGAGGUUGUGUGCCUCCAUGGAUACAAUUCCCUAGAGAGCAACUGCGGCCUCACAUUGUACCAUUGAUCUCGCCGCCUAUGUAUCUGAUGUUCAUUGGGAAUGUCUUUCCGUCCCACUGGAACAGUACUUAUCAAGUCCCCAAUGACAUUCCUUAUUUUCCUUUAAAUGCAUAUAACAAUUCAGUCCGCCCGCAAUUUCAAUACUUGUGCGGGCCAUUUUUUGUUCCUUAUCAAGGAUUUUAUGCAGCGCUGCAAUCAAAAUUUUCUUUUUUGCUGGUCAAUCUGCGAGCGAACUUGCGGAAGCAAAUUGAGUACUAUUUUAGUUCGGAGAAUUUGUGCAAUGAUCAUUACCUGAAAAAGCACAUGGAUGUCCACGGUUGGGUUCCAGUAACUUUGAUUGCACAGUUUAGGAGAGUUCAACAAUUAAUGAAGGAAAGACAAUUCAUAUAUGAUUUAUUCAGACUCUGGAGUUUUAUGGAAGUGCAGGUUAAGCCGUUAGCCGACGAUAUACAAUUUAUAUUAGAUUCUCUAAGGCCUUCAUAUGCACUUGAAAUUCGGGGUGAUAAAGUGAGAAAGCGUCAUGAAUGGGAGAAAUGGGUGUUACACCCAUAAAGCUCUGCUCGUUCUGGGAACCAAUUUCACACAUCCUCGUAUUAUGAAUUUUUGAGAAAGAUUGUGCGGUUGGAGAAUUUUGAUGAUAAUAAAU